AUGGAUGAAACCCAAAAAACGAUUAAAUUGGUUAACCAUACAGAAAGAAACCCGGUUCUUUCUCCUUUUUCGGUUAAGAAUGAUAAUGAGAGCAACAUAGAAGAGAUGAUCAAACUCAAUUGCAAAGAACAAGAUAUUUCAAAUGUAAUAAAGAGUAAACAAGAAGAAAAAGCAACAGUUGAAGAUGAUGACGAUGAUGUGAAAGAGAUUAUACAAGACGAUAUAAGCAUUUGUUGUCGUUCAGAGGCGAGCAACAACAGCAUCUCUUCUUUCACAUUCCCCAUACUGCAUAACGAAGAAGAUGGAAGUGUCACAAUGCCGUCGUUGGAAACCAUAUGGAACGUUUACGAUAACCAACUAUUUUCAGAGUUGUCUCAGCCGCCAAAGCAACCACAAGGUCCACAACCACAACAACAAUUUUAUUUCAUCCCAUCAACUCAGACUCUACCUCAGCUACCGCCACAAAAGAAGUCGUUGUUGUCAAAGCAAACGUCUGAAACGCAAUCCCAAAAAGUUUUUAUAAACCGCUGGUUCUCUUGCUUUAAUUUUAUUAUCCAUUUCGACGUGAUUGAUUCAAGAAGUAGAAGAAGGAAAAAAAGGAAAGACUAGAAGAUUAUCUUUGUUUAAUUUGCAUGAUCAAACUUUAUCAUAUAGUUUGAAUCUUCUUCUACUGAAGUUGUAACUUGUAGCGGAGGGAACUAAUCUUAAACCGAGAGUGAUGCUCCAAACUACCGAACCAAUUCAAGAUUGCCACUAAACAUGUUCAAUCGGAAAUUGGGUUUGGUUUUUGUUUGAGUUUUCCGGUUUAAGAAAGUAGUAUAGAUAAGAUUGUCAGUAACUGUUUAAUUCUAGUCAAAUAAAUCAUUACUUUCCUAUUUUUUCUUACUAAAUGGUAAUUUUUCUUAAUUCUCUAGUCAAAUAUACCGUUA